UUUUUUUUCUUCAAAUAUAUGAAGAAUUUUGAUGACGACCGAAAUAUGAAGAACACUGAUGCUGCUAUUAAUUUAAGUUCAAAUAAGAGUGAAAUAAUAAUACACCAAAAUCGAAUUACAAAGACAAUUAAGCAUUUUCUUGAAUAAACAUUUAUAUCCUAAAGUAUUACCAUAAAUCCAUCAAAAAAACAAUUCAUGAAUUUCGAUGUAUAUUAAGAUAUAAUGAGUCACGUUGCCAAUUAAAUUAACUAAUAAGACAUGAAUCUAAUAAUGAGCUUAUAAAACAUGAUCGAACAACAAUAGAGUAGAUUGCCAAACUACAUAAUAAAGCACUCAAUUGUUAUUGAAAAUAAUGAGAAAUAAUAACAAAGAAUACUAGAGUAGAUAGAAGACGUAUUGGUUAAUAUGAGCGAAAGAAUUGAGCAGAUAUGCAUUACUACAUAUUUUGAAGGUGAUCAUGAUUUAGAUAGCCAGCUCUAAGCUGUACUUAACUAAUAUGAGGAAAUAAUUCAUGAAAUUGAAUGACUUAAUAUCUG